GGCGCGAUAAAUGAACAGAAAUCGAUAUCCACUCUCCAAGUAGUGCAUCCACAGAACUCGCCAAUAUCUUGACGUCACAAACAUUCUGCAAGAUGAUUGGCGGUCUUGACAUAAAUAUUUAAUAAGUGUCGCAUAGCUAAUGUCGCGAAAUGGAUUACCGAUAUUUCACAAAUGAUCUCAACUAACGUUUUUCAUCUCGCUGGAGGUCAUUUGACAAAAAUGAAAAUUAUUCAAUAUUGAUAAUGAGAAUAUCUCGAGCAUGAGAGGGGAAAAAUGUAGAAAGUGAGGAAUAAUACAAAGCCCAGUUCUCUCUCAUCCUUUAUCCGGAUUGGAUAUAUAUUAAUGUUGAAUCUAGUGUUUCGCAGCUUUACAUUCAUAGCAUCUGUAUCGGGAGUUGAAUACACCGGAGGUUAGUUCAAACUCUGGAAUGAUGUCGACGACUAGCAGACGUCCCUCCCUGCCUCCGAUGCCGGACCUCUCCCAUCUUGAUGAAGCAGAGAGGAAACAGAUAGAGGAAGUCCUGAGAAGGCAGCAUGAAGAGGAGGAAAGGGAACAAGAAAUGAUAAGGAAAAUGCAACAUGAUUUUGAUGCCUAUCGCCAAUCUGUUGACAAAAUCAACUUGGAGGCAAAAAAGCUUGGUCCUCAAGGUCAGCUAGACACAGGAGCAGUGUGCCAGAUUUGCCACAAGACAAAGUUUGCCGAUGGUGUUGGACAUGUUUGUCACUACUGCCAACUUAAAUCUUGUGCUAGAUGUGGAGGAAGAAUGACAGUCAAGCAAAAUAAGAAAUUGGAUGAUAAAACUGCACCCCCUGUCAACAAUCCACCAACUACUGUGUGGUCCUGUAACCUUUGCCGUAAGAAGCAGGAUCUUCUGGCAAAAACAGGGGCUUGGUACCACGGGGGAAUGGCUAAACCAGUCCAGCUAGGUCUAGACACCCAGACAGAGAGCGACACAGCCUCCAUCAAGGCAGAAAUUAGUCCUCCUAAUGAAAAACGACCAAAAAUCUACGAAAAGAAAGCAGAUGGAACCAUAUCGGGGUCGGACAAAGAAAAUAUCAAAUCAGGACCCAGGGGACCACACCCUCAUCCCAAGGAGGGCAUUAGGAGACAGACAUCUUUGGAUACAGGAAGUUCACAACAACACGGUCGAGGAAGACAUAAUGAACAAUAUGCGUUGACUCCUGAAGAUGGUGAGAAGUUUCGUGAACAUGGACAAGGGACUGAGCGGGGACGAAACCGCGAUCGCUCUCCUGCUUCUAGAAGACAUUACAGUGAAACAAGGCUGUCAGAGACAGAUAGAAGAUUUGCUCAAGAAUUCCGACAUGGUGAUAGAAUGGGUAGGGGGGAGGGUUCAUCACGAUCCAGAGAUCCAUCGAGGGAGCGGGGACCACGAGACGACAUGAAGAGGGGACGUGAUACUCACCCUGAUAAACGAGUACGAGAUGGGCCCAGAGAUCUCAGAGAUGAAAGACAUCGUGACCCUCAUCGAAGUGAGCAUGACAUAGUCUAUAAACGUAGCAAAGACCCUGAUCACUACAGGCAGUCUCCGGUGGAAGGCAUGAAAGGCCAUGACUAUGCAGACAAAGAGACAAUACGUGGCUCACGCGAGCGUGUAGACAUGUUAGACGGUGAAAAGAGACGAACAAGAGACUCUUCUCUCUCAAAAGUCAACAAUAUGCAACCUCCCUCAUCAGGGAAACUGGAUCGGAGUGGGAGUGGCCGAUUGUCGCGACCAGAGCGGACACCCGUGGUUAGUUCCAGUCGUAGGUCACCCACUACGUCCGAGAGGGAGAAGGGGAAGGAGGGGAUAGACAUGUAUCAUGGGGAGUCCCCCUCACCGCGGUCCCCCAGUGUCUCCUCCCGUCACAAAAUGAGAAACGUGUCCCCCACAGUAAAGGACGAGAGUGGGCGUGCUAAUAAUGGAUCUUACAGUUACACACACAGUGUCUCUUCACACCUUGAUCCCAGUGCAGCAGCGGGAAGAAACUUAACCAAGAACAAUAACAACAACAAUCGCAAGAAAAUGGAGAACCUGAGGGCCGAUUCCCUGAGCUCUGACCCCUCAGACUGUGCCAGGCCUCCCCCACCUAAACCCCAUAAACACCGCAAGGGGAACAAAAAACAAAGACAGCACUCACUCAGUAGCUCCGACGACGAAAUUAGAUCCACCCCGGAGAAUUCUAGUUACGAAGGAGAGGAAGAGAGUGAGAGCAUCGUCAGUGAAAAAGGGGGAAAUGAAAGCAGUUUAAGGCAAACUAUUUCGGCUGGUAGGCCCGACACCUAUAAUGGCUGUCAAAAAUGUUGCCAUGGCAAUGUUUGCUGCAAGAACGCUGCGUAUGAGACCGAGACACAUGUUUUGAAAGACUCUGGAAUAGAUACAGGGCACUCCAGUAGUAGCCAAACAUUAAACGAAGACAGUUCCAAGCAUCCUGUCACUUGGAAAUUAUCAUCAGAUGGCUCUACCUACGUAGGUCACAUGAUUCUUAAAAAAACCAUUGAUGGAGCAAGACAGGAUGAUUGUGCUAUUUUAGGGUUAAGUAUUGUUGGAGGAAGAGAGACCCCUUUAGGCCAACACGGUGCAUACAUUACGAAAGUCAAAAAGGGCAGUAUAGCAGAUACUGUAGGCCAUCUCAGACCAGGUGAUGAGGUGCUGGAGUUCAAUGGGAGAUGUCUACAGAGAGCCACGUUUGAGGAGGUUCGAGACAUCAUCAUGGAGUCCAAGCAGGAACCACAGGUGGAGCUAAUUGUCCAUCGUAAUGCCAUUUCUGGUGAAGUUCCACCAGGAUUACAACAAAGUGACCAUAAUACUCGACGAAGUCCACUGGACCAUGACCAAAGAGGUAAGAGGGUCAAAGAUUAUACCAAUGGCCAUGGCAGAAGACCAAAUCUCUCAGAAACAACCCCUUUACCCUCCAGUUCUAGGUCAAGGAUGCAGACUUCCAAAUCCAUGGGCAAAAUCCAGUUGAAGUUGUGGUACAAUGUGAAGGAACAGGAGUUGAUUCUGACCAUCAUCAGUGCUACAAACUUGCCUCCCACAACUAAAGGCCAGUUCAGACACCCUUACUGCAAAGUCUAUCUACUUCCAGAUAGGAGUGAAAAAAGUAGGAGGCGAACAAAAACAGUGAUGAAUAGCAACGAGCCUACCUGGAACCAGACCUUUAUGUACGACGGAGUCACGAUAGCGGACCUCCGUAACUCACUGCUGGAGAUUACUGUAUGGGACUACGAUCGCAUGGGACCUAGUGAAUUUCUGGGAGAGGUCCUGCUUGACUUGCACAGUGCUAACUUAGAGGAUGACCCCUUCUGGUACGCCCUGUCACAACACGAUGAGAGCAGUUUACCCCUUCCUGAGUCCUCACCCAGAACUAAAACUCAUCAGGAGGCAUAUUAUGGAAGGAAAGAUCACCUAUCCCCCCCUGUUAGCUCCCGAGGUCACAGCGACAGUGACAUGUCCGAGUUUGAUAUGGACGAAAGGUUCAUGGGAAAUAUCCCAGUAUCCAGUCGAGAGGAACAUGAACGUUCUCACCGACACUCAAAGACUGCUGUAGAGAAGUUGUCUGUCCCCGGGGAACAGAGCCCGCAUCAGAGGUCAACAUCCCCCAAACCGCCUGAUAUUCACCCCAGAAAUAGGUCAACCUCCCCCAAACCGCCUGACAUUCACACCAGAAAUAGGUCAAGGACACCUUCCUCCUCCUACCAUCGUGUGCCUGAAACAGUAACCCGCUCACUCUCCCCACCGGAUCUAAGCUCAUCCCCCUCCCGACUGAUGGCAAAUUCGCCCUCCAACACUCCCUCACCCAAGAAGAGACAGUUGCCUGCAAUUCCUACAGACGCUCAGAGAGAAAGCAGAGAUAGAGUUGUGAGAGAUUUAGAAGAGAGAGCUCGUCAGAUCAAGAGUCGUAUGCGACCAGGCAGUGUGACCCCAAAUCUCUCUGACAGUGAAGCAAUGAGGGGACGUCACAGCAGAGCUUACGACAGAUCUAUAUCCCGGGAACGGGGGUAUCCCCAGUACGACAGAGACCUCUCACGGGGGCGCAGAAAAGAUUUGGGCAAUGAAUAUGAUAUUCCAAGUGAUGGCGAUAGCGACAUCUCCGAAAUCUCCAAAGUCAGCACCAUAAGUGUUCGCUCCACCCAGUCUGAGAAACCUCACAGAAAAUUUAGCCAAUUUAAAGAAAAAAUAAAUACCAAGUCUACCAUACCCAGACAACAGCAACCUUCUGUACGAACUCCCACUGGUGAUAGUCAAGGCUUCCAGAAACAGAGCAGUAGUGGUAGUAUGUCCGACUCUGAGGUCGGGUCGUGUGUCACCGAGGGUCGGCGAAGGCGGCCAAGUCUGGGUCACAAGAUUGGGUCACUGAUUGGUCUCCAGCGCAGAAGUAGCAGCGCUUCACAGCUGUCUGAUGGGAAGAAGAAGAGCUCCAUCCAGCGAAGUGAGGAAGUGUUGUCCGGACGAGGUCUGGUGAAGCAGCCAAGUAAGGACUCUACUGACGGCAGUAUUGGGAGUAUUAGCAGUGAUUCUGGGAGUGUUCUGUGGCUGAAUCCUGCAGGAAUGAGACUGGGCCCUGAGGGACAGUUUGGGGAUUUUAUUGAUGGACUAGGUCCAGCUCAGCUUGUGGGGCGUCAGGUCCUGGGCUCAGCUUGUCUGGGGGAGAUCCAGCUCAGUCUGUACGACAGGAAGCACCACCUGGAGGUGGAGGUCAUCAGGGCCCGGGGCCUUAUUCCUAAAGCAGGGGCCAAAAUUCUUCCAGCUCCUUAUGUGAAGGUGUACUUAAUUGAUGGGAAGCACUGUGUGGAAAAACAGAAGACCACGGUGGCCAGACGAACAUUAGAUCCUCUGUAUCAACAACAGCUGGCCUUCACCGAGGACUACAGGGGCAAAAUACUACAAGUUACAGUAUGGGGAGAUUAUGGAAGAAUGGACCGUAAAGUGUUUAUGGGUGUGGCACAAAUACUCCUAGAUCACUUAGAUCUUUCAAACAUUGUUAUUGGCUGGUACAAGUUAUUCACUAGCUCUUCAUUGGCUGGUCAUCAUUCAUCGUCAUCGACGAUUGGUCACUCUCGCAAAGGCUCAACAACAUCUCUAGAUAGUGGUUACAAUAACAACAGCCCGCGAACGUAGCAUUAGCUAGAUUUUAGCUUGUUUACUGUCUUAUCAUAAUUAACCUUUUCCAAAUUUGUAGUAGAGUAUGCAAUUUAUAAUUAUUGACUAUAUAAUAGCAUAAAGGGCACAUAACUCAUGCAUAAAGUGGCCUGCUGCAUUUAGUAUAAAAAAAAGAUCUUGUUGUCUUUUAAUGAAAUAUUUAUUGAUUAUCAUACAAUUACAUCAUCUUUUAAUGCAUAUUAAAAUUUUUUGACAUUCAUGGUAUCAUGUCAGCAAAGAUGCAGUCUUGCGAAUGAUGAGCUGUUCCAUUUGAUAAAGCAUUUGUGUGUGUGAUUUCCCCCCUUAACUUCAGGCCAUGUACUUUCAUAGUAUCACUGAUUUCCAAGGGGUCAAGUUUUCAUAGUGGAAAGAAAUAAAAACUGGAUCUUGGAGAUUCCAUUUCAUGGUUGAUAGAUGAUACAUGUGAUACUGUUGAUAACAUGCUGGACAUAUAUUUCUUGGAGUCUUUACUCCAUGAAAAACACUGAAAUAAAAACCCUAAGGAAAUUAGUGAUUUCACAGAAUUCCUAAGUACAUUCAAUUGCUAUUUGCAUGUAUCAUGCACAGUGUGAAUUGGAUAUCUAAUGAAUAUCGGAUUGAUUAAUUUAUGCAUGUGUCAUGCAGAGUAUGCAAAUUAACGUUUAAUAUAAGAACUGUUCUGGAAUGUUUUGUAUGAGAGGAAAAUAAGUAUUCUGGUCCGAAGGAAUUAAUCCCAAAUAAAGAAACGGACAGGUUUUUGAUUGCACGCAAUAUCUGUGGCAUUGAGAACUGUUAGUACUUUAAAAAAUAAAAGUAUAUGUUUAAAAAAAACUGAAAACAACCCUCUAGGGCUAACAGUAAUGAAAUGUAAACUAUUUCAUAUGCAUUGUUCCAUUUUUCCCAUGGCAUGCACCACCUUUUGUAUAUAAACAGCAAGAUUUGAUCAGUUGAAAAUGUUGUUUAAGGAUGAAAACUGUUGAUUUCAGAAGUUGAUGUAUAGAAUGUCUGCAUUAGUUCAAGGAUCAUUUUUUAUUAACAUUUUUAUUUAUUUGUGAAAUUUUUUAUGUGAAAAGUAGUUGCAUUUGUUGAAGAUUAUGCAUAGGGUAUAAAUGUCAUUGUUGUAAACUUGUGUAGUUAAAAGUUAUGUGUUAUGCACAUGAGUUUUUGUUGAGUUUCUAGUUAAAAAUCAGGUGUCAAUUGAAGUUUGAGUUGAAUUUUUAUAUUAUGACUGUUUUUCCUUGUUAUUGAAACAAAAAUCUGUGAUCAUUUUGUUUUUCCUCUUUAAUUAAGAUAUAUACAUUACAUAUGGAUAAUAUUUCUAUAUAUUUCUUAUGAUACAUUUACAUGUAUGUUGCAUAUUUAGAAUAGGUGUGUAUUUAAUUUUCCCUUAGAAGUUACGAUUAUAAGAUGUGUAAAUAAGUUUGUUGUUAUAUAGAGACUUUCUUAAUGAAUAGUUGGAGCAUGAUUGUGUGUGGAAAAUGACAGUGUUAAUGUAAAUUUAACAUGGAGAUCUUGGCAAAUGAGAGUUGACAGAGUAAGCUGUGUAUGUGUACUUGUAUUCAUUUGAUAAUUUCCUCCAGGUCCAUAACAGCAAUUUUCUUUUGGGAAAAAGACUUAAUUACCAUACAAUAUGUAACCCAAUAUCAGAAAUUACUCAUUUGGGGUUGAAAUAGUUGAAUGUUAUAAGCAACAAUUUCCCCCUCCCCUUUUUAAAUCCAGACUGUCAUUAGAAUUGCUGUAACAUUAUUACCUCCUAAAAAUAAAGAGUUUCACUUGAAAUCUUUUCAAAUGCCACAGUUUUUCAAAGGAAGCACAAAUUCUUCUCUACUUAAUAGUAUAUAAUCAGGGUAAAACAAUUCUAGAUUAUGAAAGUUUUGACCAUGACAUAUAUGAAAGAUAGUGCUUCAUAACAUUUUUCAAAAGGCAUUUCAGGACAAAUUGAAGAAUUGUAACUGAUUCUUUCUUGUCAAAAUCUAUAUGGUGUGAAUUUAAUCCCAAAAAAUAUUUAUUUACAUUUUGUAACAACUUAUUUUGACUGUAGCUUAAUACAGAGCUUAUUUACCUACAUAUUUACUUACACAGUUCUGCACUGCAUUAUUAGCUGAAAAUCCAGUUUUAUCUUCAUGUAUAUUCACCAGGUGUAUGUAUGUAAACAAUAUUCAUAUUCCUAUACUUAAGUCAGUUUUAUACAAUGAGGAAGUUUGCAUUGAUUCUUAACAAAUUUUUAAGAUACAUUGUAACUUAGAUUGUCACAUGACUAACUCACAUGGGGGAUCAUAUUUCGGUCAUGUAGUACCCAAUAUUCCCACCAAAGAGUGCUUUAUGGUUUUUAUUUUUAAAAAAAAAGAAACUGGAUGGAUUUAAUGAGAAUAAAAACUUUUUGCUUAAAGUCUGUAAAAUGAGUUUUGUUUAGCUGGAAAUAUUUUUCUGCAGUAGACUUGACGGUUUUCCUAUAUUCUGACCAGUUUGUUUUAACUUUGUUGAAUCUUUCAUCAUGACAGCACCAUUUUGUUGAAAUUUAGGAAAGGAAUCAACUUUACACUGUUACAAUCAAAUAAAGUCAAUAUGAAAUCUUGAA